AUGGAGAACGCGCGCAACACCUUUCACGAGAUGAUGCAGUUUGUCGACGUCUUCAAGGAGCCCAUUGACGGCCAGCUGGCGCGCAAAAUUCUCCACACCUUUCGCCGCCUACACGACAACCACGGCUUCCUCGCGGCCUUGACAUCGUUGAGGAACACGUACGGCUUCGUACCCACGGAGCUCCUGGUGCUCGAGCUCGUGGUUGGCACGACGAACCUGGCCUGGGACACGCCGCGGGCCAGGCAGCAGCUCCGCACGGAGAAGAAGCGCAUGGACCUCGACAUCAUGCACCGGAGGGAGGCGCUGGGGCGGUUCUCCGGGUCGGCAAACGAGAUGGAGCAGAUGUCGACUGAGGAGAGGGGAGAGGAAUUGUACGAGUACCUAGUCAGGGUUUAUACGCCCGUGAGAUCGGAGGAGGACCAGGAGUUUAUCGACGAUACCCAUCUUUUGGAGGAAGCCGCCCAACAGAUGGGCGUGUAUAACGAGGCUGCGGCUGACGAAUAG